UCAAAAUGGACGACGUCGAUUCAUUUGAAAGAGAGUUACACAAAGCAGUAAAUUCAAAAAGAAUUGAAACUCUUCUAUCAUUAUGUGACAAUCCAACAAAGAAGACUGUUGUUUUAGAAUUCAAAGGAUCUUAUGAUAAAAAAGAAUUAAUUCAUUAUGCUGCAGAAUUUGGAUCUGUUGAUCUAUUAAUAAUGUUGGUAGGUUUAGGUGCCAAUGUACAGAAAACAACAGGUUCUGGCAAGAACACUUUACAUAUUGCAUGUGAAAAAGGUAAUGAGAAAAUGGUUGAUUAUUUACUGCAAACCGUUAGUGACAGUUCAUUCAAAUCAGCAUUUACAAUGGACUUUGACAAAAAAGUUUACAAAAAUUCAUUUUACUAUGCGGCUAUAUCUGGUAAUAGCAAUAUUAUUAAUUGUUUAAAAAAAAAUGGGGGUUUAGAUAUAGACGAGGUUUUACCAAAUAAAAGUACAGCUUUAUUUACACUUGUAAAGAAGAACCAAUUUGAAGCAGCACACAUAUUGUGUCAAUGUGGAGCAGACGUAAAUCUUGGAUUUCAUGGACGACAUCUUCGACCCAUUCAUUUUUCAGCCGAGAGAGAAACCCACACAGAAAUGAUAAAACUUCUGCUUAAAUAUGGAGCCAAUGUGAAUGAACACUGGGGAGAUCCACCUUAUGGUCACCAGCCUCUAUUUUUUGCUCUUAAACACAAGCUUAAAGAAAAUGCAAAAAUCCUAUUGGAAAAGGGUGCUAAUGUUUCAUUUAAAGGUCGAAUUACCAAAAUUGGUUGGAUAGAUUGUUUCUGCUUGGCUGCAAUGAACUGUCCAUCUUUAAUACCCGACUUUCUGAAUCAUGGAGCAAACCCAGACACUGAGAACGACGGCAAUUCAGUUUUGAUGAUUGCAUUUGAGAACCAUGCCAAGAGAAAUGACCUUAUAGCUUUGAUAAAGGCUGGCGCAAGAAAAGGAAGAGAUGGUAAAACUGCAAUACAGUGCUGCAAAUCUUACAAUCAGCUAUAUUUAUUCAUACAGGCUGGUAUUUCCGUGGAUGAAAUUGAGUCAAGACAUGGCGUAUCAACUUUAGACAAACUUUUAAGAACAAAGUUUCCGUGUUCUCAACAAGUCAAAAUUCAAAACGAGGUUUUAAAGUUACUUUCGGUUGGUGCAAGUUCUAAUCUGGCUCAAGAGGGAGAAGAUUCGCCUUUGAUUUUAGCGAUUAAACUCAAUUUGUUUGAAGUUGCAGACAAAUUAAUUGAAGCAGGUGCAAAUGUGAACCAUGUGGGAGAGAACGAGACCAAUUCUGCUCGCUCAUGUUGUGUUUCGGGAUUGUCUGCCAAUAAAAAUGCUACCAUGAAAGCGAUGAUUGAAAGAGGCUUGCUUCUUAAUUACCAACAUCCAUGUGGUAACCAUCUAAUCGAUCUUAUAGCUGAAGCAGAUUUUGACAGUUCCGUGCUGAUAUUAAUGAUUGAAAAGGGUGCAGAUCUAAAUCUGGUAAAAGACGGGAAUGAUAGCAUACUGAUGAAAGUCGUCAAACAAAAACGUUAUCAAGUAUGUUGUGCUAUAAUAGAAGGAGGGGCUGAUGUUUCAUACAGAAAUGCAAAAGGAGAGACUGCUUUUGACAUUUAUGGUGAUUUGUUUCUGGAAUCAAAGACAGAAAAUUGCAAACAUGAAGAAUCAGACAUAAAUUUGGAUAAGCUGAAAGUCUUUAAGGCUUUCUUGGCGACCGGAAUUGACGUCAACAAGUGUACUGUGUCAGAAAUAUAUCCUUUGAUCAUAGCGGUAUGGCUUCGAAGUGACGAUACCGUUAAAUUGAUAUUGGAAGAGGGAGGAGAUGUGAAUAUAAUGGAUAGUUAUUACAACACACCAUUGACUACUGCACUGGAGUUUGACCUUGAAGAAAUAAUUAAUGAUCUGUUGAAAGCAAAAGUAAAUGUCAACCAUAAAGGAGGUGAAAAACUGGUACCAUGGAUUGUUGAGAAUGGAGAACCAUCAAGUGCAAAAUACAUGAAGCUUUCAAAUGUCUGCGGAAGUUGUAAUCCACAAAAUAGCUAUGUAAUCAAGUAUGGAAAUACCGUAUUGACAAGAAUUAUAACUGACAUGCCUUUGAUGUCAGUAGAAAGAAAGGAUGUAUAUAUAAGGCUACUUCUGGAGUUUGGUGCUGAUCCAAAUCUUGAGGAAAGGGAAAGAUAUUCUACAUUGAUGCAUGCUAUCUUAUUUGAAUCUCAUGUAUUAGUUAGAACUCUUAUAGAAGCAGGUGCUAAUGUUAAUUAUGUUGGAGAAGGAAACUUGACCGCAUUGCAUAUUUAUUUUCAGCAAUAUCACAUAAAAGGAUGUAAAACAUACAAAAAGAGAAUCGAUGCUGGAAAACAUUUAAUCUUACAAAUGUUGUUAGAUAAAAAAGCAUGCACAAAUGCAAAAUCACUUCAUGGGGACUUACCACUACAUCUUGCAUUACGAAUGAAAUCUGAUGACAUCGAAAGUCAUAUCAAAGAUGUACUUCUACUGCUAAACCACAGUACGGAAAUUAACACUCCCGACAGCAACGACAAAACACCCGUCAUUUCGGCUGCACAGUCUUGUACUAUCGAUGUUAUCAAAAAAAUGAUUGAAAUCGGAGCUGAUGUUAAACGCAAGGAUAAUCAAGGAAAUACAGCUCUUCAUACUCACAUGGAUUCAGAGAGGUUUGAUAGAGAAAUAGUUUUAAUCUUAUUAAGAUACGGCGCCAGUUUGAACAUUCAUAAUGAUUUAGGCGAAACACCAUUGAUUAGAUUUAUCAAAAGAAGACAUUUUGCUCUUGACGAUAUACAGUUUCUGGUGCAAAAUGGCGCAGAUCUUGAUAGCAGUAGUGAAGGAUGUAGCUCAGCAUUGAUGGUGGCGAUAAAACAAAAUAAAUUUUCAUUACUUCAUUAUUUUAUACGUGCUGAGGUUAAUCUGAACCAUGUUGGUGAAGGAGGGAAAACAGCUUUGCAUGUUGCACUUUUAAAAGGAAAAUAUCGAUUUGAUGUUUCUAUAGAAGCAAUAAUAAAACAAAUGGCAACUAACGCAACACAAUCGUCAUUGCAAGCAGACCCAAUCGUCAACUAUAGAAAAAGGUAUUGUUGCUUUGAAAAUGAACAAUCUCUGGUUAAAAUGAGAAGAACUAGCUCAUACGAUUGGCCCGAACAAGCAGUUACAGUUUCCUCUGCGACUACAAAGAGCAAGAGCGAGGAUAAGUACAUUGGUAAAGUUGUAGAAACAAUCAAGACUCUUUUGACUGCUGGAGCAGAUGUAAACAUCAUAACAGAAAAUGGAAAAUCACCGCUUUACCUACUGUUAUCAAGACAUCAUAGUGAUAUUGUCCUAAAACUCUUGCCAGUCAUUCUUGAUGAAAGAGCAGAUCCUAAUAUAGGUCAUUAUCCACCUUUGGAAAUUGCAACACUUCUACAACAUCAGGCAGUGGUUAAAUCCUUGCUCAAGUACGGUGCUAAAGUGGAUAUAAAAAAUAAAAGAUGUGAAACUCCGCUUAUAGGUGCUUCGCGAAUGUGUUUCCUUAAAGAUAAAGAUAAACUCCUGGAGAUAAUGGAAACACUUUUAAAUGAAGGAGCAUCGGUUAAUGUAAAAGAUGAAAAUGGAAAUCCACCAUUGAUAAUAUCCAUCAUUAAUGGUUGUUUCCAACGGAAAGAUAAUUGUGACUCAGAAAUGAAGAAAAUAGUAUCGUUGUUGCUGAAGAAAGGAGCAGAUCCAAAUAUUCAGGACAUUGGGAAGGAUUCUGCUUUAAUUCUAGCUGUUGAAAAUAUGUUGCCAUCAGUAGUCGAAAUUCUUUUGGUUUUUGAUGCAAGUGUUGAUCAUGUUGGAGAAAAUUGUAUGUCAAUAUUACAAAGAUGUUUACAAACAAAAAAUAACACGAGUUCGAACUUUGAAAUGUUGAACGUUUUACUCAGUAAUAGAAGUUUCGGAGAAGAAAUCAACGUUUUCGUUCCUCAAUUUUGGGAGUACAUGCAGAAACAGUAUGAUUUGAAGGCGUCCUCUUUUUUUCUAGAAAAGGAAAUUAACAAAAAGCUUAUUGGAAAAGUUUCAUCAAUGGUUUUGUCGAAAUCCUAUGUAAUUCCAAAUUUUACAAGUGAACUUCAUGAUUCUGCACUCAUUUACUUUUGCCAAAUUGAAUGUCUAGAUGCUGUCAAACUUUUAAUACAAUAUGACGCAGAUGUUAAUGCCAUUGGAGAGAAAGGGAAGACUGCAAUACAUCAUGUUAUAGAGAUAAAUGAUUCAUGUACGGCAGUGCCAAUGCUCGAUUGCAUUUUAAGAAGACAACCAAAUCUGCAUCUUAAAGAUAUAGCAGGGAAGACUUCUUUAGAAACAGCUAUGUGUUAUAUAGAUGCUCAGUUCGUACAGUCGAUGUGGUACAAUGAACGAAAGACCUAUCUUGCUGAACAUGAAAGAGUGAAGUUGAUGACGCUGAGUCGUUUGAUGAUUCGUCUUUUAGAAUCAGGGGCAACAACGGAAGUUGCUUCAUUGAACAGCACGUUAAUCAAUUUUUCCCAUGCGGGAGAUUUCAAUGAAAUGAAAGCAUUGAUUUCACAUGGGGCAGAUAUGAGUUAUCGUGAGAAAUCUGGAAAUUCAGUACUUCAUUUAUGCUGGUCCUACUGUAUUAAUGAAUCAUUGCCAUUUCUGCAGUGGGUCCACGGAAGGGGUUUUGAUUUAAGCGUUGUUAAUGAUGACGAAGAUUCCAUUUUGAUGGCAAUGUUAGCUAGUUACAACAGCAGUAAAAGGGAUGAACGGGAUGAAAAAUUUGCUGAAAUUGUUCACUUUUUCGCUGAAAAUGAUGUCAAAUUUGUAAAGAACAAAUAUAAAAAUUCCCCUUUACAUAACGCAGUAAAAGGAGGAUAUCCUAGAACGAUAGAGGCAUUAAUAGAACACGGGGUCGAUGUAUGCUGUCGAAAUGAAAGCGGAUUGACACCUAUACAUUAUUGUUUGGAAAGUCCAGAUAAAACAAAUGGUCCAGAGAUUUUAUCACAACUACUAACUUUUGCACUAUUAAAAGAAGAUAUAAAAUCGCUAGAGGGAGGAAAGCUUCUAUAUCUCUCAUCAAUGAUAGGAUAUACUACACAUUUAGAUGAAGAUUCGGCAAAUUUUCAAACUGAGCUAACAGCAAUACUCUUGGAAAAUGGUGCAGACCCCAACGCUCACGUAGGUGACGAAAUACCAUUGAUAGCAGCAUGCAGACAAAACAACAUAGGGUUGACAACACUCUUAUUAGAUUAUGGGGCAAAUGUAAAUAUAACAAACAGUGAAGGAAGUUCUAUUCUCCAUAUUUUGUUUUCUGUUUAUUCGGACAAAGGUAAGAUUUGA